AUGUCGACUUAUUAUCCAUGUAAAAUUUUAAAUGCAAAUUUUAAUAACUUAUGUUACCUUAAGGCGAUAGCGAACGUCAAAGACAAGCACGAUCGAUCUGCACCAUCAAAUUACCAUUGGAAGAUACUCAAAUGCAGGAUGAUUAUAUUCUCGGCUUCUUCUAUAUUGUCUUGUCCUGAUAAGAAUGAUGUUAAGAAAAUUCAUCUUAUUUUUAAUAGAAUAGGUGAUGAUUACGACCGUUUAAAUUCUCUAUUUAUAAAAUACUCUUUGAUUCAAGACGGUGAGAUUCAUCAAGUAACAUCGGAUGUUUAUUCAAUGUGUUUUUUUUAUACAAUGUCAGCUAAAAUUGCACCCUUAUGGAAUUACGUAGGCCCAAAUUAUUUUAUAAAUAACAGAGACUUUUUAAAAGUUCUUGGGCCUCAAGAUGGUAUAAAAUUGAAACUAUUUGUAAACGAUGAUUACACAAUAUUGCAAUUAAAACCGGUUAAAAUACACCUUAUGAAAUCAAAAGAAAAAUUUAUUUCAGGGGAAAGUAUAACAGUUCUACCGAGCUUAAAUAAGGCUGUCAUUGAAGAAUACAGCAAGUCUUUACCAAAAACAGGAGAUUUUAAAUGUUAUAAGGAUAUACGUCGGCACUGGAAAAAUAUUCAUGGAUAUCGGUUGCCGGACGAAGAACAUUCAUACUACACCGUUCGCUUUUGGCGCGGCGGGCCACUGACGUAUCCAGAGGUUUGUCUUCUAAGAAGCUAUCCUAUCAUCACGACGUUACCAAAAAAUGCUGAAAAUAUAAUAUUAUCGAAGUUUAUUAGUACAAUAAAGCUUAAAAUGCCUUAUAUUCUCGGGGUUCCUGUAACGAUAAUGAAUGACUCGUGUCACCAUGAAAACGGCUUUGAUAAUGUAAGUAAAACUCAACAAAUAAGUCUCUGCACACCAACACAACGUUAA